GAUUCUGAUCAGCAGCGGGUAGACUCAGCUAGGGGUCUGAUUUCUCUAGGUUGUUGUCCUGUGGCAGGGAAAGCCGUACUCAGCCUGGACUGGGUGCCCAAGGGGCAUAAGACGGCCACUCCAGGAAAAGAGCAGCGACGCCCUGUUUCAUAAACUGAGUGAGUACUGUAACAUGCAGCAGUACAAACAAGAGAGCCCAGAUAUGGUAGAGGUGAAGUCGGAAGCUGAUAGACAGGGGAAUGCUGAUGUCGAGAAGCCGGGGCCGGAUCAGCAGCAGCUGACUCCUGCGCUGGCUCUCGUGCCGGCUGCUGGGCCACAGCCUCCGCGGAAACGACCUCGAAUCCAGUACACCCUCACGCAGUCGCAGCGGCAGAAAUUGGAAAGUGUUUUCCUGGAAAAUCAGUACCCUGACGUGUAUAUGAGGAGGGAACUUGCAAGACGACUGUAUGUGGCUGAAACUAAAAUUCGGUCCUGGUUCAAGAUUCGGAGAGCCAAAUAUAGGAAGAGUCAGAUGGAAGCAGUGAAAGGAGAUGCACCACGUGCUGUCCAGCAUGAAGGUGAUGUCCUGAAGCUCUAGCAAGUUCUCCUUCUGAGACCACAGAAGAUUGAUUUUCCCUCACU